AUGCGAGGCAGAGAGCACGCUCAGCGAAACGCCUGUCACCGCAUUGAGAUACAGGAUACGAAGGAUCUACGCGUUGUCAUACAGGACGUGGAGCCGGACGCGGAGCGCUCCAAACGAGGAAAACAGAUCUCGUAUCGGGCGGGAGGCUACUUGGAUCAAAGAACGCACUUCAAAAAUCACCGCAAUCGUAAGGUACUCACUAGUCCAGAACCAUAUAAACAUUACCACGUGUAUCCAGCAUGCUUCGAAGCUUGGCUUAUGGUAGUCGCCAUUUUGUCAGAAACAACUGUUCGUAUCAUCACGGGGUCUUGGACUACUCCAUGGUUACAUUGGUCAAACCCUCACCGCAUCCCGUGGAAGUUGCAAAGGGUGGAUGUGGAUGAGGGCCGCAGCUGGGCCAUCUGCUGCCGCUGUGACCGCUGCGGCCGCUGCCGCCGUUGCCGCUGCCGCUGUUGCCGCUGCACCUGUCGCACCCGCUGCUGAAGGUGGCCCGCCUGCAACGGCUGACCAUGCCACUGCUAAUGGCCGGUCUCCGCGGACAGAUUCCUGCCCUGUUGCCCAGAUUGCUGCUAAAGAUUUUCCAUCAGGCUGCUGCAGUGCUCCCUCUAGCAGCACCUCAUUUCUUUAUAACCCCAUCCUUCAAAUCAUGAAUUUUGAUUAUUUGUUACAUUACAAAUAAUUGUAACAAUAAAAAUUUGAAGAUU